UGCGCUAAGAAAAGCGCAUGCGAGUUUAAGCAAAGUGCGUCAAAAUUACACGACAGCAAAUAUUUGCGCUACGCCGGGUGGGCCAUCUGUGUGAUCAAAGGCAGCCUGAGGUCUUUCUCGGGUUCUCUUGUUGAGAGCUUGACGUGUUCAGCUGAAAAUGGCGGAGGCAGACAGGCCUGGAAAGCUUUUCAUCGGUGGCUUGAACACUGAAACUACAGAGAAAGCUCUUGAAAGCUAUUUCAGCAAAUUUGGCCGGAUAUCUGAAGUUCUGUUAAUGAAGGAUCGUGAGACGAAUAAGUCCAGAGGGUUCGCUUUUGUGACUUUUGAGAAUCCUGGUGAUGCAAAAGAUGCUGUGAGGGAAAUGAAUGGAAAGGCCCUAGAUGGCAAACCCAUCAAAGUUGAACAAGCAACAAAGCCUCAAUUUGAGUCAUCUGGCCGUCGAGGCCCUUCGUCGAUGCAUCCUCGCAGUCGUGGCUCUCCUCGAGGGCCACGUGGAUCCAGAGGAGGUCCCAGUGGAAUGCGGGGUCCACCAAGCAGAGAACCUUUUUUUAAAGGCAUGUCGUCUAGAGGACCCCCAACAAAAAGAGGACCACCAAUGCGCAACGGAGGGCCACCACCAAAGAGACCAGCACCUUCUGGGCCAAUGGGCAGAUCACCAAUGUCUAGGGAUCGAGAUCCUUAUGGUCCCCCUCCUCCUCGCCGAGAUUCACUUAUGUCUAGAAGGGAUGACUACCCAUCACCACGUGAUGAUCACUACAGUGUCAAAGACAGCUAUUCUAGCCGAGACUACAUGAGCUCAAGAGACAGUCGAGACUAUGGCCCUCCACCACGGGAUUAUUCAUAUCGUGACUAUCCCUCCCAGUCCAGUUCCAGAGAUGAUUACGGUUCAGUGUCUCGAAGCUACAGUGAUCGUGACAGUUAUGGGGGAGGUCGUGAACACAGAGGAUAUAUGGAGCGAACAAGCGGAGGCUCUUACAGAGAACCCUAUGAUGGUUACGGUAACUCACGCAGUGCCCCACCCUCAAGGGGACCUCCUCCGUCCUAUGGUGGGAGUGGUGGAGGCAGUCGCUAUGACGACUAUGGCAGCAGUUCCAGGGAUGGCUAUGGCAGUCGCGACAGUUACGCCAGCGGUCGGAGUGAGUCGUACUCUGCUAGCCGAGCCGAGCGCCCGGCCAGGCAAGACCUCGAGAGAGGCUACCCUCCUCGUCAGUACAGCAGCUCAAGCCGAGGCGCACCUCGGGGCCGUGGAGCUAAUCGAGCAGAUAGAGGAAUGAACCGAAGUCGGUACUGAAAUGGACUCUGCUGGAAAAGGGUUAGGUCACAUUGUGAAACAACAAAGAAGCAAAAUUUUUAACUUCUAGCUUAACUCUAAGCUUCGGUUUCAAUCUGUACGCAACCAUGUCAAGUUUUUUUUUCCUGAGUGUUACAGUUUGUUUUUCCCCCUGCCCAUCUCUCGUUCAAUAGUACUGUUGCCAAUUUAAGUGCGGAGUGUUUAGUUUUGUGCCCUAGUGAUGUAAAAACCUGCAAUGCCCAAGAUGUUUUUCAUUUAUCAAUAAAAUUUUUUAUCAAAACAUUCAUGCCCCGCUCCUGUUCAAAGAGGACUCACUUAAAUGGUGAAAACUGUCAGCUACCAGCCUCAUUCAUGGUGAGGGAAAACUUAAUUGAUCCAUUUUAGAUUAUGUGGAGAAUCUUGUUGACUAUGUUGAGUCUGUUAAGAACAAGACCAAUGUCUUUGCAAAACUCAUUAUCAAUAUAGUUUUCCUCAGUGCAAAUGGAUUCCUCAUCACAAAUCCUAAACAUUGACGGCUUGCAACGACCUAUCCAAAGACAACCAAUAUGCAAGAAACAAUCCAACACCAGAUUAAACCUGACAUCAGCUGGUAAGCAAAGCAAACCCUUUUGUCUCUGGUCUAAGUGAACUGACACAAUGGUAUGAGUGGUAUCUCAACAUCAGGUUAGUUAAUACACCAUCUUUACUCUUCUGGGCAUACAGAUGAUAACCCUCUGUGUUAACACCGUUCAGUUAUUUCAUGGUUGAUCAACUUGGCUCAAAAACAAACAAAAAAAAUCUAACAAACACAAAAAAACCUCUGCUUUCAAAGGAGUCUGCCUAAUCUUUUGUGAAAAAUCAAUGGAUCAUUUGAAUUUAAAGUACCAUAGUCUCAGGAUUGAAUGACGAGGGAAAACAUGGAUUUCCAACUCUCCAACACAACAUUCCAAGUGACAAAUGGCAUUUUAAGGAUAUUAAGAUGAAGCCUCCCACCUUUGGACAAUUUCUACAAUGUAGUAUAAGUCCCCCAAAUUUCAAAUCAUAUCCAGAGCAUUGUCAGUGGAACCUUAUUGUAAAUGUUGCCUUUAGUUUUAAACAAAAGCCAAAGCUGCUCACAAGCAAUUCCCUUUCUAACAAAGGAGAGACGCCUGGAAAGACACUUCUAAAAUUCAGCCUGGAAAAUAACUGGAUGCCAGUCAAAUUGGAUCCUGAUGCAUUAAAUUAUUUUUGCUUUCAUGUACUUUGUGUGUAGAUCCAUAUGUUUUUGUUGCUGCAGCAGUAUGUUAAUCAAAUUUUCUUAUUGCAGGAUGAACAGCCUGAUCAACAGGACCAGCGCUUAUAAUCCUUAAAUGCACAUGGCUGCUUACAUGGCUGCUUGGUUGUAGCCAACAUGUGCAGCAAGCAUGGCAAUCUGCAGAUCCAGAUUGAAUUGUGACAUUUGUUCGGGGAGUCCUUAAGAUGGAAUUGAGAUCAAGUCUACAAAAGUGUUGCUUUUUUGAGCAUUGUGUGUAUCUUCCUCUUAAAUAAACAUUUUAUGUUCUUUAAA